AUGGAAUCCAAGGAUAGUAGUAGUCAGAUGCUGCUAUUAUGGGCCAUAGAGAGGGGUUACGAAAUAGUAGUUAAGCUACUACUUCAGACGGGCGCUAACUUGGAGUUUAAGGAUAGUAAUAGUAUUGAGUAUGGGGCGGUAGUAAAGCUACUGCUUAUUAAUAGUACUAAGUUAGAGUCCGAGGAUAGUAGUCAAAUACUGCUAUGGGCUAUAAAGGUAGAGAGGGGGUACGAGACUAUAGUAAAACUACUAUUUAGCAGAGGUACUAACCCGGAGACUAAGGAUAACAGGGGUCGAAUACCUUUAUUACUAGCUAUAAAAGAUGAGAAUGCGGUAGUUAUAAAGCUAUUACUCGUUAAGAGUACCAAACCGGAGUCGGAGGAAAAAGGUGGCCAAAUACUGCUAUAG